UAAAGAAAAUAACAAAGAAGAAAUAAGAAAAAAUAUCAAACAAUAAAAAAUACAUACUUUUGUUGUAAAUAAAUUUCUCGACUUAAACCCGUUAAUAAAACAAACCAAUAUGACUGAAGCAGAAGUGGAAAAGGUACCCGUAUCCUUUGCCUGUCAAAGAUGCUUACAGCCCAUAGUGUUAGAUGAAAAUCUUGAUCACAUCAGUGUUCAUGCCAUGGCAGAAUUAUCUCUGCCCAUAUAUGCCAGCAAUGUCAAUACCAUCGAUACCCAAGAUACUAGUGGAUUUGACCAUUUUGUGCCGCCCUACCGUUUAACGGACUCUAUUAAUGGUACUGGUUUUAUGUUAGUCUCUGACGGACGCGACAAUAAGAAAUGGAGUGCAGAUUUCAAACUAAAGGCCGAACUUUUUGAUUGUCUAUCGUCGAAUUCGGAAAUCGAUCAUCCCUUGUGUGAGGAAUGUGCAGAUUCUAUGCUGGAAAUAAUGGAUCGUGAAUUGAAAAUUGCCGAAGAGGAAUGGAGUGAUUAUAAGAAUUACUUGAAACAAUUAGAGCAACAACAGGAGUGUCCCAAUGUGUCAGAAUUAGAAAAAGAAUUGGCGGAACUGAAGGAAAAUGAACAAAAUCUACUUGGCGAAUUAAGUAAAUUAAAAGAAGAGGAACAGUCCUUGAACAAAGCCAUAGAAAAUGAAGAAGUGGAAAAGCAAAAACUUCAGGAGCAGGAAGCUAGUUACUGGCGUGAAUACACCAAACAUCGCAGGGAACUAAUGUUAACGGAAGAUGACAAACGUAGUCUAGAGUGUCAGAUAGCGUAUGCAGAACAACAACUUGAAAAACUUAAAGACGCCAAUAUAUUCAAUAUUACAUUCCACAUCUGGCAUGCUGGUCACUUUGGUACUAUUAAUAAUUUUCGCUUAGGUCGUUUGCCUUCUGUAUCAGUAGACUGGUCGGAAAUCAAUGCCGCCUGGGGCCAAACGGUGCUUUUACUAUGCGCCUUGGCUCGUAAAAUAGGUCUUUCCUUUGAGAGAUACAAAAUUGUGCCCUUUGGUAAUCAUUCAUAUGUGGAAGUAUUGGGUGAAAAUCGUGAAUUGCCCUUAUAUGGUACAGGAGGUUUUAAAUUCUUUUGGGAUACCAAAUUUGAUGCUGCCAUGGUGGCAUUUUUAGAUUGUUUAACUCAAUUUCAGCAAGAAGUAGAAAAACGUGAUCCAGAAUUUUUGCUACCCUAUAAAAUGGAAAAGGGUAAGAUAAUAGAUCCCUCUACUGGAAACUCUUAUUCAAUUAAAAUUCAAUUCAAUUCUGAGGAGCAAUGGACCAAAGCCUUAAAAUUCAUGCUAACAAAUUUGAAAUGGGGUUUAGCUUGGGUGUCCUCACAAUUUGCCAAUAAUCAAUAAAUUAAAUAUAUUCUAGUGCGUAAAUUAUUUGUAUAUUUUAUUUGUUAAUUGUAAACAUAUAGUAAUAGAUAUAAUAAUAAAUUACAAUACAUUA